AAAAUUAAUGACCUUUGACACGAAAUCAAGAUGGCGAAUCGCACGGUGAAAGACGCGCACAGUGUGAAAGGAACCAAUCCACAGUAUUUAGUGGAGAAAAUCAUCAGAUCUCGAAUAUAUGAAUCGAAGUAUUGGAAAGAGGAAUGCUUUGCGCUCACGGCGGAGCUGCUAGUAGAUAAGGCCAUGGAGCUACGGUUUAUCGGUGGGACAUACGGAGGUAACAUCAAGCCGAGCCCGUUCCUAUGCCUCAUCCUUAAGAUGCUGCAGAUUCAGCCCGAGAAGGACAUCAUCAUCGAGUUUAUCAAGAAUGAAGAUUUCAAGUACGUCCGAGCCUUGGGAGCCAUGUAUAUGCGACUAACUGGUGAUUCCUUAGACAUCUACAAGUAUCUGGAACCGCUGUACAAUGACUACAGGAAGAUCAGACGGCAGAACAAAGAAGGAGAGUUUUACCUUUCUCACGUGGAUGAGUUUAUGGACGAGUUGCUUCACGAGGAGCGAGUGGCCGACAUCAUCCUACCACGCCUGCAGAAGCGCCAGGUCCUGGAGCAGACAGAGCAGCUGGAACCAAGGGUCAGUGCUCUAGAUGAUGAUCUGGAUGAGGCAGAGUCGUCCAGUGAAGAUGAGAUGGAUGUACAGGAAUCUCGCCGAUCACCCGACAGACAUCGCAGUGGCCGACAUCGCAGCCCCUCGCCCCGACGCCGGCGGAGUCGCAGCCGUUCACCAGUCAGAAGACGUAGCAGAUCGCCUCGUCGGAGGAGCGUGUCACCCCGCAGAGAGCGCAGACGCAGUCCGCGACGACACCGCAGCAGGUCGCGAGAGCGACGCCAACGGUCCAAGUCACCGGGUCACAGACACCGCGAUCGAGACGACGAUCACCAUCGCAGCGUUCGUCACCGGUCUCGGUCCCCUGAUGAGCACAGACACCAGAAAAGUUCCCACAAGAGCAGCAGCCGACACAGUCGAUCGGACAAGGACAGAGACGAAAGCAAACGAACACACAAGACCGAUGAGAUUGAAGCUAUGAACGAGCUGAGGGCCAGUCUAGGGAUGGGACCACUCAAGUAGCACACAGACAUGGGAGCAAAGGCAUGAUAAAGUCUUGUGAAUGCACACAACAGUAGUGGCUUCUGCAGAUUUCUUGAUUGUCCUUACGUUGGCGGUAGUUUAUGGCUCUGGUAUGCUAAACUAAAAAGGGGGACUUGAGCAAGUCUAACACAGUUUCCUUGCUGUCCAGUCUAGCAUUUGUUUUUGUAGGUGUGGGCGGGGUUACAUCAGCCGGUGAAAACAUGAUCACACCAGUUUUCACCGGUUGCAACGAGUUACCAUUCAGCACUCCAGACUGUAGAACCAUUGGGUUUCAAGUAAAUAGGUCUGGGAUCUAGACAAGGUAAUGUAAGAAGCUCCCAGAUGUCUAACCUAUAGAACUUCAUAAUAUGUGAGGCGUUCUGGCAAAAUGAGACGGAACUGGACACAAGCCGUAGUGGAGAAA